CGUCUGCUAUAGGUUUUAGCCGGGGUCUCUACACGCCAAUGACAAAACACAAACCAUGAUUUGUGGGAAAAUAUUGAACGAUUUACCAAGAUGGAUUGUUAUCGCAUUAUGGAUCGGUGCAAACAUUGGGAUAUUUGUGGAAGCAUAUUUGAGAUUUGAUAAAUCCAUAGAGUACUUCUACACUAGGAGAAUACUGGGGCCUGCCCUGGCUUGGGCCCGAGCCAGUGCUGCGUCCCUCAACCUCAACUGUAUGCUUAUCCUGUUGCCUGUUUGUAGAAACUUCAUCUCUUUCCUUAGGAGCUCCUUCAGGGUUUGCUGUAACACAAACAUCAGACGCCAGCUUGAUAAACAUAUCACUUUCCAUCGAUAUAUAGCCUAUAUGAUUGUCGUACAGACAGUUAUUCAUACAGGAGCUCACAUCUUUAAUGUUGAACGAUACUUUGAAUCCUACAACAGUCGUUCUGAUGAGGACAGGGACUUAUUACGAGCCCUGAAUGCACUAGGACCUGAAAACAACAACACUUACCUGAACUUUAUCAGGGAUGAUACAGGGGAUGUCAUACUUGAAACACUAAAGGUGGUUGCUGGUGUCAGUGGGAUAGUUAUAACUCUUGCCCUGAUCGUUAUGGUAACAUCAUCUACAGAAUUAAUCAGACGAUCCUAUUUUGAAGUGUUCUGGUUCACUCAUCAUUUGUUUGUCAUAUUUUUCAUCGGCCUUGUUGUCCAUGGUGUCCAGGGUGUUGUAAGGCGCCAGUCAAACACAGAUGUCCAUAACCCAGAGCAAUGUUUCCAAAGGUUUAAUGAAUGGAAUCAAAUCGAUGAAUGUCCAAACCCUGUGUUUGAAGGACUUCCAGCCAAUGCCUGGAAGUGGACCCUUGGACCUGCUCUGCUCUAUGUUAUAGAGAGGAUCAUACGAUUCUACAGAAGUCAACAGAGGGUAGUGAUUACAAAGGUGGUGAAGCAUCCAUCAAAGGUGUUCCAGCUACAGAUGCAGAGGAAGGGUUUUAAGAUGAGUCAAGGGCAGUACAUAUUCCUUCAUUGUCCUUCAAUAUCAAAACUAGAGUGGCAUCCCUUCACUCUCACAUCUGCUCCUGAAGAUGAUUAUUUCUCUGUUCAUAUCCGACGAGUGGGAGACUGGACAGAAGCGCUGGCCAAGGCUUGUCAUGUGGAUGAUACAGAAGUCCAGGAGCAAUGGAAGCUUCCUCGAGUUGCUGUAGACGGCCCAUUUGGAACUGCUACAGAGGACAUUUGUUUGUACGAGGUGGAUGUAUUUGUUGCUGCAGGAAUAGGAGUUACUCCAUUUGCUUCUAUUCUGAAACAUAUCUGGUAUCUCCAUAUGGAUUCUAAAGCCGAAAUGAAGCUUAAAAAAGUCUACUUCUACUGGGUUUGUCCUGAUACCAAUUCCUUUGAGUGGAUGCAGGAACUGCUUCAAGAGUUUGACCAGCAGCAAGGAGGCGUACCUGAUCGGGAAAAAUUUCUGCAAUAUUUUAUUUAUCUAACCCGGGGUUGGGACAAAAACCAGGCCCAGAAUAUCAUACUACAUGAGAAUGAGGAUGAGAAUGACCCAGUAACAGGACUGCAACAGAAAACACACUAUGGCCGUCCUAACUGGAAUGAAAUAUUCAGAGGUUUAGCUGCUGAAAACAAAGGGACCAGUAUAGGUACAUUUUUCUGUGGUCCAAGCGGACUUUCAAACACUCUCCAUCAAAUGUGUAACAACCAUUCAGAUGCCAACGCAGGCACCAAGUUCUACUACAACAAAGAAAACUUCUGAUGUGACAUAAUUCUCAGUAUCAUCAAAGAGCUGAACCACCAGUCCCUGUUGUGCGUCUCCUUAGUUUAAUCACCAAGUGUUACUUGUCACCGGCAGCACACAGAUUGUAUCUAUCCUAUUUAUAUUUUCAUUAUAUAUCAAUGUAGUCAUAUAAGUUCUAUAUAGUUUUGUCUUUUUGGUGUUUAAUAAGUAUUACUACUCGCCAUUAUUACCUGAUCUUGUCUGAAGGACUGGUGAGCCUAUGUCGUACCAGGGAGUCUGUCGUCGGUCAACUUUCGACAAGUUUUGAACAACUUAAUGGAUUUUGAACAAAUUUGAUCAGAAGCUUCCUUUUUACCUUUAAAAUGCUUCUUCUGUAGGAAAAACAGGAUUUUGUCCAAAAUUGAUCUGAAGCUUCCUUGAAUGAAGGCGACUCUUUUGUAUAAGAGAGGGUUUUGACCUCUCCAUGGAACAAGAGGGUGGGACCCAAUACGGAAAAAAGAGGAACCAUUUAAAUUUUUUUUCAAUGUUUGAAAGAAUGUACUUUUUCUUCUGGAAUGAAGAUAUUUGUUGGAAUUAAGUUUUAAGCUUCAAAAUUCCUAAUCUCUCGGGAAAAUUGAAAUAGUUGAGUGAUAAUGACCUAAUGAACCUUUUUUUUUUAAUGAAAAAAUAUAGUUGCAGGUCAUUGAAGCCACCUUCGUGUAUAAAUGAGGGAUGUAAAUUUAAGUGACUAUUUGUAUAAUUAGAAAUGUCAGAGAUACACAUGAGCAGUGGCAGAAGAAUUUUUUUAUUUCAAUUUUCCCAAUGUAAUUCUAACUUAUGACUGGUGGUACAUGUAUAUGACAUCAGUGUCCAAGUUAGAGUAAGGGGGAAAAUCCACCUGAUGCUUUAAAUCUGACUCUGACUCUUUAUUGGAUUGUUUGACUCGGAUUAAUAUGAAAGAACAUGUGCCAUGUAUUUUUAUGAGAUACAACUGUAUGAUAGUAACUGUACGUUAUUAUAAGAUAGUUACUUACCCCUUACUGUUAGUAAUAUGUUAACUGAAGUUUUUAUCUCAUCUCCAGAAAAAGAUGUGUACCCACAGACAUGUUAAACUUACUGAUGUUGGUUUAAAAAGGAUUGUCAAAGUUCUGUUGAGAACAAUCAACAUUUUGCCAAAGUUAAAGAAACACCUUUUUAAGAAAAUGGCUUUACUCAAAUAGUAAAUCAUGUACUUCCUCUGAAGGAUCAGAUAGCUUUUGUAGAUUUUAACUUAUAUCACUUCAAGAUUUUACCUUAUAACUCACAAUACCCAAUUAUUUUGAGAUAGAAACGGGCAGUGCCUGUGUCUACUAAUACAUAUUUUACAUUCACAUGUACAUUCCAUAUUUUAUGCUGAAUAUUACAGAACUAUGAAUUCCAAGUACUUUUAGUUACAAGAUAGAAAGUAAUCUAUUUGUUGUAUGGGUAGAUAUGAUUGUACAUCUUCAUGUUAUGUUGCAGUUUACAUUGGAUGUAAAUGAUGUUUCCUGAUCAAAUAAAAUGUUUUCAAGUGUCUGAUGCCACCAUUUUAUUCAGCUUCAAUGUAGAGGCCAAUGUUAAAAACAUGUCAAAUUAUCUACAUUAACAAGCUGGUAGGAAGAAAACAUGAAAAAUGGAGUUACUUCCCCAUAGAUGUAAAUGAUACACAUUUGUAGUUAAAUUUAACAGACCAGUAAUUGCGUUAACCGAGUGUGAGGGAAGAAAGGCCAGUUAGCUGUUUAUUCAUGUUGUAUAUGAAUCAUGUAGUAAUGAACAGAUUGGUACUUGAUACCGUUGUUUUUGCUUUAGUGUACAAGGUGAUUUGGGUUAGAUUGCAGAUGGUAUCAAUUAAAUUUCAAUCCAUGACCUCCGAAGAGUUUAAAUACAAUGGUUGCCUUUAAAUAUUGUACUCAUUACUUGCAGAUAUCAGACCAGUUUUCCUAAAUUAAAUGUUAUAUGCAAAACAAAUGUGAUAAAUGUACUGGUGAUCAAAGUCCUCCUUUAUUGGUUUUUUGGGAAGCUAGACAAAACAAAUGUGAUAAAUGUGAUGGUGGUGUGUGAUCAAAGUCCUCCUUUAUUGGUUUUGUAGGAAGCUAGACAAAACAAAUGUGAUAAAUGUGAUGGUGGUGUGUGAUCAAAGUCCUCCUUUAUUGGUUUUGUAAGAAGCUAGACAAAAUGAAUGUGAUACUGUGAUGGUGGUGUGUGAUCAAAGUCCUCCUUUAUUGGUUUUUUGGGAAGCUAGACAAAAUGAAUGUGAUAAUGUGAUGGUGAUGUGUGAUCAAAGUCCUCCUUUAUUGGUUUUGUGGGAAGCUAAACUUGAUCGUAACAACCUUAUUAUUCCAGAAGAAAAUUGUUCAUCAUAUUUCCAAAAGUGUUUGUUGUUAUAUUGAUGUUUGAUGCUCCCUUUAUUUUCUUAAUAUUGGAAUGAACAUUAUAUUCUACAGAUAUAUUAAAUAUCAA